GUGAUGAAACGGUUUUUGUCUGCUUGGUUUUAGGGGACAUCACACAGAAGGGGUAUGAGAAGAAGAGAGCAAAGCUGCUGGCUCCAUAUGUCCCACAAACCCAAGGGGUUGAUCCAGCGUUACAGAAGGAAUCCAGACCACCUCAGAUGCCCGCUCCAUCCGCAGCUCCAGCCUCCUCCUCCUCCUCCUCCUCCUCCUCCUCCAAAUUCCACCGCGCUCGCUCCGGGGGAGCCCGAGAUGAACGGUAUCGCUCCGAUAUCCACACGGAAGCGGUGCAGGCGGCGCUGGCCAAGCACAAGGAGCAGAAGAUGGCCCUGCCCAUGCCCACCAAGCGACGCUCCACGUUUGUCCAGUCCCCAGCAGACGCCUGCACUCCCCCAGACACGUCUUCCGCCUCCGAGGACGAGGGCUCGCUCAGGCGCCAGGCCGCUCUCUCUGCUGCAUUGCACCAGAGCUUACAGAAUGCUGAGUCUUGGAUCAACCGAUCUGUUCAGGGGUCAUCCACAUCCUCAUCAGCAUCCUCUACACUUUCCCAUGGAGAAGGCAAAGGGACCAGUGGGUCACUAGCUGAUGUAUUUGCCAAUACUCGAAUAGAAAAUUUCUCAGUUCCCCCAGAUGUCACAGCAACUACCUCCACCCCCUCGGCCCGGCCGGCGGCGAUCGACCUCCCUCCCUCUGGAAUUGUGAAGGGGAUGCACAAGGGAUCCAACCGCUCCAGCCUCAUGGACACUGCUGAUGGUGUCCCCGUGAGCAGCAGAGUCUCCACCAAAAUCCAGCAGCUGCUCAACACCUUGAAAAGGCCCAAAAGACCACCCCUGAAAGAAUUCUUCGUGGAUGAUUUUGAAGAAAUCGUGGAAGUCCCCCAGCCCGACCCCAACCAGCCCAAGCCCGAGGGCAGGCAGAUGACCCCGGUGAAGGGGGAGCCCCUGGGAGUGGUUUGUAACUGGCCUCCUGCCCUGGAAGCAGCUCUGCAGCGCUGGGGGACCACCCAGGCCAAGUGUCCCUGUCUGACAGCCCUGGAUGUGACAGGAAAACCCGUUUACACCCUCACAUACGGCAAACUGUGGAGCAGAAGUCUCAAGCUGGCCUACACCCUGCUCAAUAAACUGGGGACCAAAAACGAGCCUGUGUUAAAACCUGGAGACAGGGUGGCCCUUGUCUACCCCAACAACGACCCCGUGAUGUUCAUGGUGGCAUUUUAUGGCUGUCUGCUGGCAGAAGUGAUCCCAGUGCCUAUAGAGGUACCUCUUACCAGAAAGGAUGCUGGUGGGCAGCAGAUUGGCUUCCUGCUGGGGAGCUGUGGCAUUGCCCUGGCCCUCACCACUGAAGUGUGUCUGAAAGGGCUCCCAAAAACCCAGAACGGAGAAAUUGUGCAGUUCAAAGGUUGGCCCAGACUCAAAUGGGUUGUGACAGAUUCAAAAUAUCUCUCCAAAUCUCCCAAGGACUGGCAGCCCAACAUCUCAGCAGCAGGAACUGAGCCAGCAUAUAUUGAGUACAAGACCAGCAAGGAGGGCAGUGUCAUGGGGGUCACGGUGUCCCGGGUGGCCAUGCUGGCCCACUGCCAAGCCUUGUCUCAGGCCUGCAACUACUCUGAAGGUGAAACGAUAGUGAAUGUGCUGGACUUCAAGAAGGAUGCGGGGCUGUGGCACGGAAUUCUCACGAAUGUAAUGAACAAGCUGCACACCAUCAGCGUGCCCUAUUCUGUGAUGAAAACCUGCCCUCUCUCCUGGGUGCAGAGGGUCCAUGCCCACAAAGCAAAAGUGGCUUUGGUGAAGUGUCGAGACUUGCACUGGGCCAUGAUGGCCCACAGAGACCAAAGAGACGUGAGUCUGAGCUCCCUGAGGAUGCUGAUCGUCACUGAUGGUGCAAAUCCCUGGUCUGUCUCCUCCUGUGAUGCCUUCCUGAGCUUGUUCCAGAGCCAUGGGCUCAAACCAGAGGCGAUUUGUCCCUGUGCCACCUCCCCCGAGGCGAUGACCAUCGCGAUCCGGAGGCCUGGAGUCCCUGGGGCCCCUUUGCCAGGCAGAGCCAUCCUGUCCAUGAACGGGCUGAGCUUCGGGGUGAUUCGGGUCAACACUGAAGAUAAAAACUCUGCUCUCACCGUCCAGGACGUUGGCCACGUGAUGCCAGGAGGCAUGAUGUGCAUUGUGAAACCCGAUGGGCCACCCCAGCUCUGCAAAACAGACGAGAUUGGUGAGAUCUGUGUGAGCUCCAGAGCAGGAGGGAUGAUGUAUUAUGGGCUGGCAGGGGUGACCAAGAACACUUUCGAGGUGAUCCCUGUGAACUCCUCAGGCUCUCCAGUGGGGGAAGUGCCCUUCGUCCGCUCCGGCUUGCUGGGAUUUGUCGGCCCCGGCAGUCUGGUGUUCGUGGUGGGGAAGAUGGACGGGCUGCUGAUGGUGAGCGGGCGGAGGCACAACGCCGACGACAUCGUGGCCACCGGCCUGGCCGUGGAGUCCAUCAAGACAGUUUACAGAGGAAGGAUCGCCGUGUUCUCCGUGUCCGUGUUCUACGACGAGAGGAUCGUGGUGGUGGCGGAGCAGAGGCCGGAUGCCUCCGAGGAGGACAGCUUCCAGUGGAUGAGUCGGGUGCUGCAGGCCAUUGACAGCAUUCACCAAGUGGGUGUGUACUGCCUUGCUCUCGUGCCAGCCAACACAUUGCCAAAAACUCCGCUGGGAGGGAUCCACAUCUCACAAACCAAACAGCACUUUCUGGAGGGCUCUCUGCACCCCUGCAACAUCCUCAUGUGCCCACACACCUGUGUGACAAACUUGCCAAAGCCCAGGCAGAAACAGCCAGGCGUGGGCCCUGCCUCUGUGAUGGUGGGGAACCUGGUUGCUGGGAAGCGAAUCGCUCAGGCCUCGGGGAGAGACCUGGGCCAGCUGGAAGACAACGAUUUAGUUAAAAAGCACCAGUUCCUGACAGAGGUGUUGCAGUGGAGAGCUCAAGCCACUCCUGACCACCCACUCUUCCUUUUGCUGAACGCCAAGGGAACCACUGUGUGCACGGCCACCUGCCUUCAGCUGCACAAGAAGGCCGAGAGGAUCGCGUCAGUGCUCUGUGACAAAGGACAUCUCAAUGCAGGAGACAAUGUGGUGCUUCUUUAUCCUCCUGGCAUUGAGCUCAUCACAGCCUUCUAUGGCUGCCUGUACGCCGGCUGUGUGCCCGUCACCGUGCGCCCGCCCCACGCCCAGAGCCUCACCGCCACCCUGCCCACCGUGAGGAUGAUCGUGGAGGUCAGCAAAGCCGCCUGUAUCCUCACAACCCAGACCCUGAUGAGGCUGCUCAAGUCCAGGGAGGCAGCUGGAGCUGUGGAUGUGAAAACCUGGCCAACCAUCAUCGACACAGAUGACUUGCCCAGGAAGAGACUGGCCCAGAUCUACAAGCCACCCACGCCUGAAAUGUUGGCAUAUCUAGAUUUUAGUGUCUCCACAACGGGCAUGCUCACAGGAGUAAAGAUGUCCCAUGCUGCUGUCAGUGGCCUGUGCAGGGCCAUCAAGCUGCAGUGUGAGCUCUACUCCUCCCGGCAGAUUGCCAUCUGCCUCGACCCCUACUGCGGGCUGGGAUUCGUGCUCUGGUGCCUUUGCAGCGUGUAUUCUGGACACCAGUCAAUUUUAAUUCCUCCUAUGGAGCUGGAAUCCAACCUUUUUCUCUGGUUAUCUACUGUCAGCCAGUAUAAAAUAAGGGACACUUUCUGUUCCUAUUCAGUCAUGGAACUGUGCACAAAGGGACUUGGAAACCAAGUUGAAAUGUUAAAGGUAAGAAACGUUUCCUGAGUGAUCUGUUGGAUGAAUUAAUACAAGUUUUCCUGUUGCACAAGUCUCCGGGCCACGGGUGGCUCAGGAAGCAAAUCACCAAAGCAGGUUUGCAGCCCCAGGAGAGGAAGGACUGGGAUGGAGCAGGGAUGAGUGGAGUGGACACUGGGAUGGAGCAGGGAUGUGUGGAGUGGACACUG